AUGUCGUCUCAAGCAAACUGGAACUCAGUCACUGGCAUUGCCACACUGUUGUUCAGUGGCAACCUUGUUGCUAUUGCUAUUGCUAUCCUCUUCACCUUUGGUGUCCCCAUCGCACUACACAUCUUCUUCUUCCAGGCUGUAGCGUCUCCGCCCUCGAGUAAUUUCUUACUCCUAGGCCCCAGUGGAGCUGGUAAAACUGCUUUUACAACAUUGCUCGAGGCCAAGUCCUCACUCGCUUCGAACAAGUCGCACAGCACCCACACCUCUCAACAAUCAACUCUAGUGACCGUGACCUUACCACCGACUGUCCCAACCGGUUCCAAUCGCUACCGAUCGGUGAAUGAUCCCUCCUUAAAUGAGGCCGUCCGGAAUCCAAUCAAGUACCGCGUAAGGGAUACCCCUGGUCAUGGCAAGCUCCGCGCCUCGCAAGGGAUCGCCGAGCUCCAGGCCAUGUCCCAGUCAAAGGACAUCAAGACAAGGCUACGUGGUGUGGUGUUUAUGGUUGAUACCGCUGCUCUAGUUGACGAAGCGACGCUCCGUGAUACCGCAACCUACCUACACGAUGUCCUUCUCUUUCUCCAGAAGCGCGCAAAAAACGGGUCAUCGAGCAAGCGGACUACUGAUGUCCCUGUCUUGGUCGCCGCGAACAAGCAGGAUUUAUUCACUGCGCUGCCACCGGGAGCGGUGAGAGAGAAGCUGGAAGCGGAGAUUGAUCGCAUCCGCAAGUCGAAGACCAAGGGUCUUCUGGAUGCAAGUGCAGAUACUGGGCUGGAGGACGAAGAGGAGGAGAUCUUGGGUAAUGAUGAACAAGAAGCUUUCAGCUUCAAGCUCCUAGAGCACGAGGUCGGCGUCAAGGUCGAUGUGGUUGGUGGUGCUGUCAAGGGCGACUUGCAGGAAGAGUUCGGAUCUGGAGUGCGCCGCUGGGAGGAGUGGGUUGGGAUGUGCUUGUGA